GUCCCUCUGGAAGUGCCGUAGUCUCCUAAGGCCCUGCUGUGCGUGAUCCAAAUACUUCCUUGUGAGCCGCGGUUGUCUGUGCUAAGCUACAUAUGGAAAUCUUGAAAUAAUUGUGAUUGCGCACUUUAUGCCACUUCUAAACUACGUACUGAAUGUAAUUUGAUGUACGUUUUAAAAUAUUACUUCGCGUGAUUAGAUUUGCACUGGCAAAGAGAUGACGUAAUUCUGCACCGUAUACUUCAUAAAAUAACUGAUUUUAGAGUUAAAUCUUUUUGUGGAUAAUGUUUAUUUAGCAGAAUGCAACGUGGAGUUUGCAGGGAGAUACGUGACAAAUUUGAUGACAUGUAUAACUGCAGUUACCGAGCGACUUGAUGUUGAUUUAACCUGAGUAGCGGCGAUCUCCCCUUAUGUGUUUAGUGUUAAUGCGGGGGUCGAUUUCUCAACCUCUUAGGUACAAUGGCUCUUGUAUCGACAGACACCAAAAUAGCAGAAUAUCUGACUGAACUGCACCAGCUCAUCAAACAGACGCAGGAGGAGCGAUCUCGGAGUGAACACAACCUGCUCAACAUCCAGAAGACCCAUGAACGAAUGCAGACAGAAAACAAAACCUCUCCAUACUACCGGACCAAGCUGCGUGGACUGUACACCACAGCGAAAGCCGACGCGGAGGCGGAGUGCAGCAUACUUCGACAUGCUUUGGACAAGAUUGCUGAGAUAAAAUCCCUUCUGGAGGAAAGACGCAUCGCAGCGAAAAUGGCGGGGGUGUACAGUGACAGCGACCCCCCCAGGAAGACCAUGCGUAGGGGCGUGCUGAUGACCCUCCUGCAGCAGUCUGCCAUGACACUGCCCCUCUGGAUCGGCAAGCCAGGGGAAAGCCCACCCCCCCUGUGCGGGGCGAUUCCUGCCAGCAGCGACUAUGUGGCCAAGCCAGGAGACAAGGUGGCGGCUCGGGUGAAGGCCGUGGAUGGCGACGAGCAGUGGAUCCUGGCUGAGGUUGUCAGCUAUAGCCACUCCACCAACAAGUAUGAAGUGGACGACAUUGAUGAGGAGGGCAAAGACAGGAGACACACUUUGAGCAGAAGGAGAAUCAUUCCUUUGCCACAGUGGAAGGCCAACCCAGAGACAGACCCCGAGGCGCUCUUCAGCAAAGACCACCUCGUCCUGGCUCUGUACCCCCAGACCACAUGCUUCUACCGAGCACUAAUCCACACACCGCCGCACCGGCCCCAGGAUGAUUACUCUGUGCUGUUUGAGGACACGUCCUACGCUGAUGGGUACUCCCCUCCUCUCAACGUGGCCCAGAGAUACGUGGUGGCCUGCAAGGAGAACAAGAAGAAGUGAAGGAGGCGUGUUUCUGCUGGGGGGGGGGGUGCUUUAUAUGUGUCAGUGUGUCUUUAUGUGAAGUAUGGUGUUAAAUAAAAGUUGCUUAUGAGCUUUUCAUCAA